CCCAUCCCAACCAAGUCUCCAAGUCCCAAACAGAGAGCUAGCAGCAGCAGCAAGCGAACGCGUUCCAUAGCUCGUCGGGGCAAAGCACGACAAGGCAGCAUGUGCAACGUCAUCACAAUUCCGUCGAUCGCCUGGCUGCGCCGCGCCGCGCGGCGGUGGCGGGCCCGCCGCUCCACGUCCGCCCCGGUGCCGGCGGGUCACGUGGCGGUGUGCGCGGAGGGCGCUCGGUUCAUGGUGCGGCUGGCGCACCUCAGCCACCCGGCGUUCCUGGAGCUGCUGCGGCAGGCGGAGGAGGAGUACGGCUUCCGGUCCGGCGCCUCCGGCCCCGUCGCGCUCCCCUGCGAUGAGCACCGCCUCCGCGACGUCCUCCGCCGCGUCUCUUCCUCGUCCGGCUCCGAGGAGCCGCGCCGCUCCUCCUUCUGCCGCCGGCGCGGCGACUCGCGGCCACUGCUGCAGGGGGUGACCGUGGAGAAGCUCUUCCCGUGAGCGAUCGACCUACAGCGCGCGUGCCGCGGCACCGAACGAUCGAGCAACGCAGCGCCCAAUUUCUGCGCGCAGCUCCGGACGCGGUAAAAAGGCCGUGAAGACCGUUCGGGCCGGCGUGGCGGCGUGCUCCCUUGCCCAGCGUGAUGCCCGCCGGCGAUCGGACGCGUAGUGGAGCUAGGCAGUACAGUAUGUGAUGGUGAUGGUAGUAACUGAUUGAAGAAGGCGACGAUUUUUUGGAUUGUUUUCUCUGUAACUAUUUUAAUCGUUUGUGCAACUCCUUGAGGAGGCAUACGAGUAAAUUAAUAAAGAUUGAUUGAUUGUUC